AUGCUCAAGAGCUUUGGACUUAGCAUGGAGUAUGGCGAACAUGUGCGAAAGGAAGAACGGGAUGAAAAGGUGUCAAUCAAGUCUGGGGAUGGGUUACCCGCUGAAGAAAUGCCUCGGAAAGGGUUAAAAGAUGCAUCGCCAUACGACACUGGCCGCGAUGUUAAGUUCCACCGUCCAUUUUCCAAGAAGAGCCAAGAUGCCUACAUCAAAUAUAUGGAUAAACACGAAUGUUCUUAUCGCUGCCCAGCUGAGGGCUGUGAGAAUCUACCUGGAUUUACAUAUUUUGGCCGCCUCCUCCAGUAG